AUGGCCGCCGCUGCUCUGCCGCCGUGUGAGGCCGCGCCGCCGCCGCAGCCACAGGCCAGCACGCGGAUGUGCCUCGUUACACAAUUGGCGGCCCACGGCACGGCACGCCGCGGCCGGCCCCGCUCAAUCGACGCCUACUUGCGCCGCUCCCCCUGCCCUGGCCGGAGGCAGCAGCAGCCUCAGCAGCAGCUCCACAAUUUCUCCAGUCGCGCCCUCGACAUGGAGGCGGAGCAGAUUCAGGUGAGCCGCGCACCGCGCCCACGAACCAGCUGCUUCCAGUCGCCCAAAGCGCAUGCUUGUAUCCCGUUUUCUGUCCCGAGAAAUAUGCUGUCAAUAAUGCCUACAGCUAAAGAGUACCAGCUCAAGGCGAGCCAUAUAGCCUGUACGUUGUCAGAAGUGUCAGAGUCGAGUAAGAGCGGAGGGUGUAGAGAGCAGGCUGCCCAGGAGUGCCAGACGGAAGAGGUGGGCGGCCGGCUCCUGGACACGGAGGAGGGCCGCUCGAUGAGCGUGCAGGCGAUGCAGAUGCUGUUCGACCUGUGCCAGAACCGGCAGCUGUGCGACGCCGUCAUCCGCCUGGACGACGGGGGCGCCUUCUACGUGCACCGAAACCUGCUCUCCGCCUGCAGCUCCUACUUCAGGGCGCUGUUCACGACGUCGCUGCACUCGAGCUGCCGCACGGACGUGCUGGUGCCGGGCGUGUCCUCGGAGGACAUGGGCAACAUCAUCAAGUACGCGUACCUGCGGCGCGCCGACCUCACGCCGGACAACGCGCUGCGGCUGCUCGUCGCCGCCGACUACCUGUGCGUGCUGGGGCUGCUGCGCCUCUGCUGCCAGUACGUCGCCAGCUCGCUCUCCCCGCACAACUGCCUCGGCGUCAUGAUCUUCGCCAGGGACCACUUCUGCGAGGAGCUGGAGAAGACGGCGCGGCUGUACACGCUGCGGAACUUCGUGCGCGUGGCGGCGGACAGCGACGAGGUGCUGCAGCUGCCGGCCAGCGAGCUGCGCGCGCUGCUCGCCGACGACGACCUCAACCUGCGCUCCGAGGAGGCGGCGUGGGAGUGCGUGCUGCGCUGGAUGCAGCACGACCCGGCCGGCCGCCGCGAGCACCUGCUGCCGCUGCUGCGCGCCGUGCGCCUCGGCCUGCUCGACACCAAGUACUUCCUCGAGAAGGUGAAGGACCACCCGUUCGUGAGCGGCAACGAGGCGUGCCGGCCGCUGGUGAUGGAGACGCUGCGCUACCUGUACGACCUGGAGAUGCGCGACGGCGAGCAGCAGACGCCCGACUGCGCGCGGCCGCGGGUGCCGCACGAGCUGCUGUUCGCCGUGGGCGGCUGGAGCGGCGGCAGCCCCACCAACUGCCUCGAGAUCUACGACACGCGCGCCGACCAGUGGGUCAAGGUGAACGAGGUGGACCCCACCGGGCCGCGCGCCUACCACGGCACGGCCGUCAUCGGGCACGACAUCUACGUCAUCGGCGGCUUCGACGGUAUGGACUACUUCAACUCGUGCCGCCGCUUCAACGUCGUCACUAAGGCGUGGCGAGAGGUGGCGCCCAUGCACAGCAGGAGGUGCUACGUGAGCGUGGCGAUGCUGGGCGACAUCAUCUACGCGAUGGGCGGCUACGACGGCCACCACCGGCAGAGCACCGCCGAGCGCUACGACCACCGCACCAACCAGUGGUCACCCAUCGCGCCCAUGAAUGCCCAGCGCUCCGACGCCAGCGCCACCUCGCUCGACGGACGCAUCUACAUCACGGGCGGCUUCAACGGACAGGAGUGCAUGAACACGGCCGAGGUGUACGACCCGUCGGUGAACCAGUGGACGCUGAUCCGGCCCAUGCGCUCGCGCCGCAGCGGCGUCUCCUGCGUCGCCUACCACGGCUGCAUCUACGUCGUCGGUGGUUUCAAUGGCAUCUCAAGGAUGUGCAGCGCUGAGAAGUACAACCCGGCAACCAACGAGUGGACGCCCAUACCGGACAUGUACAAUCCUCGCAGCAACUUCGCCAUCGAAGUGAUCGACGAAAUGCUGUUUGCUAUUGGCGGAUUUAAUGGCGUCACCACCAUCUUCCACGUCGAGUGUUACGACGAAAGAACCAACGAAUGGUACGACGCGACGGACAUGAACGUGUGCCGGUCCGCGCUGUCGGCGUGCGUGGUGAAGGACGUGCCGAACGUGCGGGACUACAUCCACCAGCAGCGGGAGCGUUUCGUCGAAGAGAAGCGCCUGGGCGCUUCGGCAGCCCGCCAGGCGCCUCAGCAAGCCGCUAGCCAGGAGGCGGAAGCGAUGCAGACGGACGAAAACAACAACAACAACAACGCAGUGAACAACAACAUCGUGCUGCCCGAGGUGGUGGUGGUGCCGGCGCUGCUGGUGGCCGACGUGGCGCACGACGCAGACUCCGGGCCGCAGCUGGUGCCACCGGGAGACCAGCAGGGAAGCGAGGAAGAAAGCGACCCAGAAGAACCGAUGGAUGCGAUGGAUGAGGAAGAGGAAGAAGAAGAUGAGGGCAGAGGCGAGGGUGAGGUCGACACAGAUUUUGACGAUGUAGAGCUGGAUCUGGACCGCGACAGUGACUCCACGCCAGAGCUGGACUGAGCUGGUGGCCUUUUCUGGACGCCACUGCUGGACACAUUCGGGGGCGCGACUCUUUCGGCCUUCCAAACCCACCGUGCUGAGAUGCUGCUGCUGCGCCACACCACCCUGUUUCGGCUUCUUAAAUUCCACAGUUCCCUACCUACAGCUUGCUGCCAUGUUCCGCGCUAGUGCCGAACAGUAAUAAAGAAGUUUUUCUAUCUUGU